AUGAAGGGUUCAACUUAUUUCAGCCUUAGAGUAUACAGGAAUAUGCAUUGUUGCUCUCGGGUCCUUACCAGCACACUUGAGAAUAAAAGAAAAGGCAUUCCACAAGUAGUAGCAGAUGUUUUGCGUGCUUCGUAUCCAGGUGUAGUGGACAAACCCGCUCCUAGAAGUAUAGUGAAGGUCGUUCAAACUGAAGCUCAUGUGAAUGUGUCCUACUCUACUGCCUUGAGAGGGAAAAAACUCGCUAUUAGUCAAGUGAGGGGUAGUCCGGCUAAGAGCUUUCAAAGAUUGCAUUCUUAUCUGUACAUGUUGAAGCUGGUGAAUCCCGGUAUAGUGACGAGCGUGAAAGUGGAUGCUAAUAAUAAGUUCAAGUAUCUUUUUGUGGCUUUAGGUGCCAGCAUUGAAGGCUUUAGAUCAAUGAGGAAAGUCAUAGUUGUGGAUGCAAAAUUUCUUAAGAAUGUUUAUGGUGGUAUGCUCGUAUUUGCCACAGCUCAGGAUCCUAAUCAUCACCAUUAUCCCAUUGCAAUGGGACACACAAGCAUAGCGAAGGCAGUGCAGGAGGUGUACCCUCAGUCUCAGCAUGGAUUUUGUGUUUGGCACUUGUCUCGUAAUGUGAGGGUUAAAGCAGCCAAUGGUUGGAAAGAUUUAAUGUUUCCCAAAGCUGCAGAGUACUUAGAGAAUGGUCUUCCUCUUGAGAAAUGGGCAAGGUGCUACUUUAAAGGAGACAAGUAUAACUUGGACACAAGCAACGUCUGUGAAUCUAUGAACAGUGUCUUCAAGAAAGCAAGAAAGUAUGCAUUAUUGCCUAAGAUUGAUGCGUAUAUUGAAAAAGUGUCUGAAUGGUUCAACAGGCAUAGGGAAGACAUUGCUGGUGCAUCAUAUUCGAAGAAAUUGGUGCAUGUGGUUGGACUUGAUGGGAAGAGCUAUCUGGUCAAUUUGGUAACAAAAAGCUGUGAGUGUCGUAUGUUUGAUAUAGAUAAGAUUCCAUGUGUGCAUGCAAUAGCCGCAACCAUUGCAAUGAUGUGGAUGUCCUCUAGAAGAAGAGACAUACAUAUUUUCGAUUUAUGCUCGAGGUACUACUUGAUUGAUACUUGGGCGUUGGCUUAUUGCCGAACCAUUUAUAUGGUGCCGCAUCAUUCAACUUGGAUUAUUCCUGAGGAGGUUGGAAAUUUAGUUGUUUACCCACCAGACUACACCAAAAAAUCAGGAAGAAAGAAGGAGAAGCGGUUUUCUUCCACCGGAGAACCUCAGAGGAGUAACAAGGCCAACCCAAAUAUUAAUCUUGGACGUUGGUUUGAACCAGUAAACCCAAUGGAAGAAGAGGGAACCAGCUAG